AUGGCAGCCACCAGAGCCAAAGGCCAGCAAUUUGCUAGCUUCCGAGACAACAGGGUGUUUCCAGCCUAUGGAAGGCUACCAGAAGAGCACGAUCUAGACCCUGACUAUUUUACCGAUGAUGCGGCUUACAAGAAGCACUGGGCUUUUUUGUCUGAGAUCGUCGAAGUCGAACGGCUCUUCCGCCUCGUUCUCAAUGUGCAGGACAAGGCUGGAAACCUUGUCCGGGUCGCAUUUUAUACGGACGGCCGCGGCUUAGAAAUAGAUAGUCGGCUGACCAAACCAGGGCAUACUGUGCUGAAUUUGUACGGAGUGCAGCACGACUUUUUCAAUGGGAGCGUUGGCAUCCGCGAGGAGAUUAUCAAUUCGGUGAAAAUCAUACCAAUGUCGCUGGACGACCUGUUGCGGCUCAGCGACCGGGACUGCCAGACAGUCGGCUGGACCGAGAACGGCCACAAGAAAGAUUGCCGUAUCAUUGUAGACAAGGACGUGCAAGGUCUUCUGAAGACAGACUGGUCGCACUUUGACGACUUCAUUCAACUGCCACUGAAAUAG